AUGCGCUGUAUGAGCGUGGCAACGAGCUCUUCUUCUUCUGCUAGAACGGUACGGAAAGAAGCGCUCUUUCUCGAGCUAGUGUCAUCCUGCCUUUGUCAGGUACUCUGGAGAUGUGCUCGCAUUACUGGGGCCAACACCCAGAAACAAGAGACACGCACGCGCACGCAGCACGUCCGUCUUCCACAUCUCUACGUGACGGUCAUCUUUCCGUGCCCACGUAUAAUAUCGAAGAGUGCUUAUCCCGGAGUACCUGAGGAGGAGAAGACGGGGAAGACCAUCGUUCACAUGCAAGCGCAGCAGCUUCAGGAUGCGCUGGAGUCAGCUGCACUUUUUGUGCUAGGGUCAGCCCCGAUGAGCUUUCUCGUGGACUCCUUCAACGCUUUUCUCGAGUUGUUAGGGGCACCGGUACCUCCAACAGAUGCGGAACAGCUGGCAACUUGGAUUGCGGCAACCAUGUCGACCCUGGCGUCUUACUACAUUUUCUUCGGGAAAAGGCACAAACGCCGCCGUGAGCACCUCUACACGGAGCUUCGGCGAGCUCAGCUGCAGGUCACGAGGCUGGAGGAGAAGCUUCUCGAAGCAGAGGGGGAAGAAGACAGCGGUAAGGGUGGUCGAGAAGUCCGAAUCUGGAUGGACGGGGCAUUUGAUAUGAUGCACUAUGGUCACAUGAACGCUUUUCGACAAGGGAAGGCGUUAGGUACGCACCUUGUGGUUGGGGUCAACAGCGACGAGUCCAUCGCAAAAUGCAAGGGCCCACCGGUGAUGAAUGACCAGGAGCGUCUUACAGCAGUGGAGGGCUGCAAGUUCGUCGACGAAGUUGUUCCGGGGGUACCGUACGUAAUGAGCCCGGAGUACCUCGAGUACGUUAUCGACAAGUAUCGCAUCGACUUCGUGGUGCACGGCGACGACCCUUGCAUCGUCGACGGGAAGGAUGUCUACGAGGCUGCCAAAGCAAGGGGCAAAUACCGUUCUAUCCCGCGGACGGAAGGUGUCUCAACUACAGACAUUGUAGGGCGUAUGCUGCUACAGAGCAGAAGCCACCAUUCUCUGCGCGGAGGAGAACAGGAGAUUCCUCGGUUGGCAUCCUUCAAUCGUCGGCGUGAGCCAACACAGGUGCGAUCGAAGUUUCUCACGACGUCGUGGAUGCUGCGGCUUUUCUCUGCUGGAGUACAAGCCCCGCCAAAGGGUGCCCGAGUGGUAUACAUUGACGGUGCAUGGGACAUGUUUCACGCCGGGCAUGUGGCAAUCCUCAAGCAGGCCCGGGAUUUCGGGGACUACCUGAUCGCGGGUGUACAUAGCGACGAGGUGGUAAAUGCCCAGCGCGGCCUCAACAUGCCCAUCAUGAAUCUCAACGAACGAGUGCUAAGUGUGCUUGGCUGUGCGUACGUCAACGACGUCUUGAUUGAUGCACCGCUACGGAUGACAAGGGAGAUGAUUGCGUCGCUCAAUAUUGGCGCUGCAGUACAUGGCACCGUGGACGACAACAUGGCAGUGCACGCAACGGGAGAUGAAGGCGGUCAAGGUCAAGAGGGUACCAGGUUCUCGCCGUACGAGGUGCCCAAGGAAAUUGGCAUCUUCCACGAGAUCAAGAGCUCUUCAAACCUCACGGUCAUGGAAAUCGUUGGGCGCAUCGAGGCCAAUCAAGAACUGUUCCAGCGAAAAUACGCCAAGAAGAUGGCAGCAGAAGACGAGUAUUACAAGAAUCGGUACAAGCUAACGCCGAAAGACGCAACUACAGCGUCUUCUUGAUUCUGCAAGUGUCUCGUGACUGGGGUUUGCCGCAAAUGAUGGUAAUCGAGGCCUGGGGGCGCCGUGGACAUGACCUUGGUUUUGACAAACUUGAGCGUUUGAAUUUUGGAAAUAUUAAAACGCGAGACUGAUCGAAUACUGCUGUACAGAAGGGAGCGAGUCCCAGAAAGAAAAAUAAGUGAAGUGGAACAGCAUUCUAUUCGCCACGGGCGCCUUUUCUCUGUCUACAUACACCAUUAUUAUCCAACUCCGUCCAAAGAGUGCCCGUUGGGCUCUACCGACAUAUGCAUAUGCAUAGAGAUCUAUUCCGAGUCUUCAAUCGUUUGUCUCUUGGUUGCCGUUUGGUCCGCCUGUCCGGCCUCAUCUUCGUCACUGUCCCAUUUUCUCUUUUGCCCUGCGCCGGCCUCACCCUCGUCCUCACCCCCGAACGCGUCGUCAGAAUCGUCACUGCUUGAUGAUAACCCGAUGUCUUUCAGGUUAGGUUGCGGCAGCAAGGGCGCCUGCGCAUCGCUCGUUCCGGCGCCAUCCCCGUAUCUGUCGGCCUGCCCUGCCCCAUCGUCGUCGUUGUCAGAGAGUACAUCUGCAUCCUCUUCAGACCCACUCUCAUACUGAGGUGCCUGGUUCGAGCUUUGCUCGCUUCCUCUCCCCCCUUUCCCACC